GAGAGGAAGAAUGGAAAACAAGUGCAGCAGAUACAUAUUGAAAAAGAGAGAGAGAGAGAGAGAGAGAGAGAGAGAGAGAGAGAGAGAGAGAGAGAGAGAGAUUUACAUAGAUAUUCUGAUCACACAUAUCCUAUGAUCCAGACCAGGUGGUCUCUUAAACCUAAGUGAAAUAAUAUUAUUCAAAUGUCACCAGGAUUUUGCAUAUCUGCUUUAGGAAAUUUUAUGAAGUUGAAGGAAGUGUCGGUUGAAUUGUUUUUAAAUGAAUAAAUAGAGUUGCACUGGACCACUGGAAGUUGGAGCUUAUUCCAUUCUCGCGCUACAACGGUGGUGAAGAAAAAAAUGGUGGUCUGAAUUUAUUUCUUUACAAGCAAGUUUUCUGCCAUUAUUUCUCGUUUGAAACGUGUCAUCGAUCAUAAACAGGUUGGAUUUGUCCACAUUCGUAAAUCCAUUAAAUAUUUUGAAACAUUCGAUCACUUUUCCUCUGAGGCGACGCUUAUCAAAGGAGGACAGGUUAGGAAAUAAGAGCCUUCCAUCGUAAGGUUUGUUGCGCAUCGUAAUCUUUGUUGCCCUAAGUUGAACACCUAUUUAAGCAAUGUCCUUCGCAUGGCGGGGAGACCAAAAUUAUACAGCAUAUUCCAAGUGGAGUCGGACGAAAUCAUGGUACAUUGAAAGUAUUGCAUCUUUAUUGGUGAAUGAGAAGUUUCUUUUUAAUGAACCCCAGCAUUAUGUUGUUUUUAUUUUCUGCGUCAUUGCAUUGCUGUGAUAAUUUGAGGUUUGACACAAUUUUAACACCAAAGUCAUUGACACACUGAACGCUUUUGAGUUUCGCCGCACAGAUUUUGUAAUCGAACCUCAUAUUUCACUGAUGCAUAUUGAAGAACCAAGCACUUAUCGAAAUUAGAGGGCAUCUUCCAUCUAUCAGACCAAGUUUAUUAAUGAAAUUAUGGAGUCCAACGUCAACGUCGUUGAUGUAGAUUAUAAACAGCACUCGGCAAAGAAGUGAGCCCUGAGGGACCCCACUAGUAGCAAGCGCCCACUCUGAGUUAACUAAACCGAUCAUCAAUCUUUGGUAUCUCUUACUCAACCAAUUAGUGUUCCAUUGGUGUACUACGUUCAGAACCUAGUUGCUUGACUUCAUAAAGUAAUUUAUUGUGUGGAACUUUAUCAAACACUUUCUGAAAAUCAAGACAGACUACCUCCAUUGAUUUGAUUACGUUGAAAACUGAGAAGAUAUCGUUAUAAAAGGUCAAUGGUUCGAUAAGCUGAAUCUCUUGUUAAGGAGGCCAUAUUGUGAAUACUUAAUUAAGAAUGGCUUGCAAGGUCACUAAAAAUUUCGUCUUCCGGGGUUCACCCACCCUUCAUUUUUUUUUAUUAUUUUACCGACACGUUGGGGGUCACCCACUUGGCAUGUCUUGACCCUUUGCUCGUUGGUAUUUCCACCCACGCCGACCCAGCAUGAACCCUGAUAUUUCCGUUUUUGGGGAGCGGUAAAGUGACCACCCGGGGUCUGUGGAAUGUUCCACCCGCCGCUCCUUGUUUUGGGGCCAUAGCAACCGCCCCGCGCGACCCAGGCUAGGUCGUUGUUACCGCGGGGUGUUCUUCCCUUUUGUAUUUCCUGCCCGUCAUUUAAUAUGACAUUAUGUAUAUUUCCUUUUUAUGUUUAGGAUUAGAUACUUAUGUAUUGUAUGUAAAAUAUGUAUUGUAACUAUAUUUUGAGUUGUCGUGGGGGAGGUUUUGUCCCGCCCCGCCGGCGACGUCUGGCAGCCCACUCUUGGGGCGGCGGACAGCCCAUUUAAGCGCUGACCUGGGUCAGAAGCGGGUCUUUCCCUGUAUCGUCGAGUCGAGCGAGGUAGGCCCGGUCCUCCCUCCUCUCCACGUCCUUUGUGCCUUCAGCAAGUCGUUUGACGCCGUCGGCGUGCGUGUUUUAUACACUUUUCUUUUAUGGACGGAGGAAGGGCCGUUACUGUAUUAAGGUGAGGUUCUGGUGUGUGUUUUCGUGUGCCGGUUCACUGUUUCCGUGUUUAUCACGCUUUAGCCUGUUUUACGUGCUGCCUCCCUCGUUCAAGUGUUUUCCAUUUGUGUUUUGUGCAUUUUUGUUAUUUGUUUCAUGUUUUAAAGGAGUGGUGUACCUAAGUCAAUCUUGAGUUCUUAAUUUUCUUUUGUAAUUAAUGUAAAUAUUAAGUUUUUGUAAAUAUAUAUUAUCUUUAGGUCAUUUUGGCGUUUUCCGUUACCAUUUCCUUUCUUUUAAAUUAUUCAUUUUCCUUUUAUUUGUUGUUCGGUUAGGGGAAAAGAACCUGGUGUUUUGAGGCCUAACCAACCCAGUUUUUGUUUUGACUUUGUGUUUCCUGUAACUUUUCCCGAGACCCCUGACCACACCAGUGUUACGGCACUGGUGACGUAACAACUGGAGACCUCGCCAGGACUGCAUUCAUUUACACACUUCUUACGUAAUUAUGGCGAUUAUUAAUGAAGCAGACGUUGUUGUGUGUCUUGAGAACGAGCCCACGUGCGACAGUCUACGUUGACUCGCACUUCGGUGCAGUCAGCACUUCGGUGCUGAGAACCUUGUUGCUUUAGAUAAAUCCAAGAUGGCGAGGCUAGUCUCGCACCAGCUAGGAUUAGUUGAGGUGGAGCAGGACGUAAACGGCGAGGGCAGGAGCGACGACCCUGACCCCACGUCUGCCCAUCAACAGGUAAUGACUCCAGCUUUACAUAGUGUUUCUGUGACCCCGAGUUCGCAGGACAGAGAGCUAGAGAUGCUCCGCCUGCAGAUAGAGCUCACGCGGGCACAAACCGAGCUUGCAGCGGCUGGUGGGCCACGUGGCCCUUCUAGACACGUUGGAGGGCCUAGUGAAUCGCAGUUUUCUUUAUCCAGCCUCGCGCCUUGUACCAAGCUGCUUCCUGUCUUCAAUGAGAAGCAGCCUGACGAUUUUUUUGUCGCCUUCGAGCGAACGGCCAAUAUCGCGGGCUGGCCACGACACACCUGGCCCCUCCUUCUCCAGCAUCGUCUCGUUGGGAAGGCCCAGAUUGCUCACACCGCUCUGUCUGACGAGGAGGCCAGAGAUUAUGAUGUCGUGAAGGCAAGGGUACUCGAAGCCUACGCCUUGGUGCCAGAAGCCUACAGGAAAAGGUUCCGCGAACAGAGUUUGAAGGACGGGCAGACCCAUCUUGAGUUCGCUAGGGACAAGCGUGUGGCUCUGACUCACUGGCUUCGUUCCAGAAAAGUUUCUAGUUUUGAGGCGCUCCGCGAACUCGUUCUUGUGGAGGAAUUUUUCUCUUGUGUUUCGAGAGAGGUCGCGUCACACCUCUCCGAUAAACCUUAUGAUACUUAAGAGGAGGCAGCAACACGGGAAGAUUAUUUUUGUUUAAACAGGCACGAGACACCACACCCUUACCAGUUUAAGUCCAGAUCGGGUGGCGAGAAGUCAGACCGCUUUUCUCAGAAGGGUAAGCAUUUUUCUGAGGGUUCAGGCAAGGCCUCUCCCUCCUUUUCUCCGCCUAAGGCCAAGGGCACGUUUUCAUGUACUCACUGUGGCAAGAGCGGCCACAUCAAGGAGUACUGUUUUUCGCUUCACACAAAUCUGAGACCCAAGGCGCCUGGACCGCCUAAUAAAUUUGUUUCACGCGCUCAAGCUUCUGAAGGGAAGCCUAUUUCUUUAGUUUCGAGUUACCGUGAGACCCCUAGUGUUUUGCCCGGGGAGACUGUUUUGUUUGAAGGCAAGGAGGACCCUGCGGAGGGUUCCUACAAGCCAUUUUUAUCUAGGGGCUCCAUAACGCACGACGGCGAGACUGUUCCCGUCACUGUUUUGAGAGAAACGGGUGCUCUCUUUUCGCUCGUGAAGGUUGAUGUGGCGAUCGGCCGGGAAACGGGUAAGUUUGUUACUUUAAAAGGCAUGUUUGGUGUAGAAGAGUCAUGUUCCCUCGUGGACCUUUACCUGGACUCUAACUGUUUCACUGGCUUGGCGACUGUGGCUGCUGUUAAGCACCUUCCUGUCCGGGAGGCUGAUUUUGUUUUGGGGAACGAUUUGGCGGGAAGUCGGGUGGAAAUCGAGUCCCCCGCUUCUGUGUCGUGCGAAAGGCCGGAGGCUCCGCCGACAACGCCUGACCUGGGGGCAAAAACGCCCAAGGUUCCUCCCCGCUCUGCCGUUACGCCCUUCGCCGCUGCGGAGAAGCGAGACGCAGAGGAAACAGCCACGCCCGAGCCAGACCAUUUUUGCCAGGGAGACGUAAACAUCUGCGGCAUUUUUACUCCCCCUGUUUGCUCUAAUGUCUCUCAGUUUACCACCAGUAGCACGCCUGUGGGGAGUUCAGGUGGGGCCGACGUCCAGGGGGAGGACGAGACAGUGCUGUACCUUCAGGGGCAGGAGGAGGUGCAGCAGAGUGACGACGGGCCCCUCAAGAGUGAGGCCCCUUUGAGGAGGCGGUUGCUGCCCGCUUCCCGCCCUGACACGCAGCUUGCCGCUCACGCUCAGGACAAGUGUCGACAGGCUGGUGUACAUUCUGCGCCAGCCCCUGAUUUUUCUUUUGUGUUUGGGCUUCCGCGCCACGCUCAGGCGGGCGGGACAUCAUGCUUUGUUGAGAGUGGGAGUUUUACGGGCAAUGUAUCAUCCUUUUCUCAGAGUCAGGGCGCCGCCGAGCUCCCCCUCAACAGUAAUUUUCCUGACUCCUUGUGUAAUUUUCUGCCCCAUUUUUCAUUUUCCCUGUGUGAUUUGCCCUCGGAGAGUAGCUCCUAUGCUUACGAGCACAUUUUUGUCCAAGUUAACGGCUCUCUAUCCUUAGCUUCAGUGUCCAAGAGCCUGCUUAAUUUUUCCGAGGAGCCUGUUAUUUGUCAGUCUGUUGAGGUGGGAGGCAAAGCUCAAGUUUCAUGUCGUCUCACCAGUCAUCCCUUUUCAUUUAAGUUUCAUGGACCACUCAGUUUUUCAGAGAGCGGUUCAGGCACCACCUGCGUUUUGGCGAUCCCUGAAGGGCGUCGUAAGCGGACGGGGAGCCAUGUCAGUUUCCUGGAGGAGCAUGUGGGAGUGACGCCUCCAGAAGACCCUCAGGCCCCAGGCAGUCUAGCUGGCCAGAGUUCUGUCGGGGUAGAGGAGGAGGUAAAUGUAGGUCUGUUUACCUCAGGGGAGGCGCGGCUGGCUCAACACGUCGCUUCUACCCCGAGGGUGGACCGCGUCGGGAGGCCCCUGGCCGACCGACGUGCAUACCAGGUCCCUUUGAUUGCGCUGGUUCUCUUUCGAGGCCGGAGAGAUCACAGGGACCCCAUUUCCCCUGAUAUGGACGCCAGAGACGCCCCGCCAUUGUGCCAGGCGAUACUCAAGCUCCGUCCCCGUCAUGUGCUGGCCGUGAGGAAGGAAGUCGAGUCCUUACUCCGGCCAGGCCUCAGAGUGAGAGGCACAAGUGGUGGUGUCCAUUCGAGUUUUUGUAUUCAAGGCAGAGGGCCUGGUCCACCCCUGCAUUUUGUUUAUGUCAGUUUGACUGCGAAGGGCGCGUACCUUACCUCUCAGGAUUGACACCUUUGUUGAUAGGGUAGGUUAGAAUUAGUUUUCAAAUUUAUUAUGAUUUUUGUGUGAUUUAUUAUAUAUUUUAUAGUUUCCCGUCACAGCUCGGCGGGCCACUGUGUGACACCCCCUUGUCUGGUCUUGUUGGGGGGGACUGUUACGGCCGGGCUUCAUUUUUUUUUAUUCUUUUACCGACACGUUGGGAGUCACCCACUUGGCCCGCCUUGACCCUUUGUUCGGUGGUAUUUCCACCCACGCCGACCCAGCAUGAACUGGAUAUUUCCGUUUUUGGGGAGCGGCAUAGUGACCACCAGGGAUCUGUGGAAUGUUCCACCCGCCGCUCCUUGUUUUGGGGCCAUAGCAACCGCCCCGCGCGACCCAGGCUAGGUCGUUGU